UAGAUGCAGUGCUUGGUGUGGCAAGAAAAGGGAAAAUGACAUAAUUUCGGAUCUGCGUGCAAUUUUGUCGGAUUGCAUAUAAAAGGCCCCAAGUUGAUCGGUACGCCACACAGUUUUCUUACCACCUUCUUACAGCAAGUAUCCAACGUUCUUGGAACUACCACAUCGACCAUGUUCAGGAUUGUGCUGCUUUUCGCCGCUGUGGCCCUCGCCCAGGCUAUUGUUCCCGUCCCAGCUGCCUAUCCAGCUUAUGCUGGCCACGGACUCGUGACUCCAGCUGUCACAAGCCAGCACGCCAACAUCCUCAGGUCAUAUGGAAACUUGGGACAGAUCUCCACCUAUUCCAAGACAAUCGACACCCCUUACUCCUCAGUCAGCAAGUCUGAUGUCCGUGUAAGCAACCCCGGCUAUGCUGUUGCUGCUGCUCCCGCCUAUGCUCACGCUGCCUACCCAGCUGCCUACACCCACGCUGCCUAUGCCGCCCCAGUUGCUCAUGCUGCCUACGCCCACCCCGUGGCUCAUGCUGCCUAUGCCCACCCAGUGGCUCAUGCUGCCUACCCUGCUGCCUAUGCUCAUGCCCCAGUUGUUGCUAAAGCUGUUGCCCCUGCUGGUGGACUCCUCGGUGUUGCCUACUCUGCUGCCCCAGCUGUCGCCCACAUGAGCUACAGCAGCGGCCUGGGCUACAACUAUGCCUGGUAAAUGCCAUUCUAAAGCUCUAAAUCUCAAUCAAUUCUCCACCCACAAGACCCCACGGAUGAACAAGCGCAAUCAGCCCCCACUUGUAAAUACUCUCAAAAAAUCUCGAUGAACGCUGAGACGAUCAUCCCGUCCGGAA